CGCUUUGCUCGUGACUAAAAUAAUUCAGAGACCGAACCCUAAUCUGUUCCCUCCAGUGGGGAAGCCGCGGAAGCGAUUUUCCCGCCGAAAGCAGCUUCAAUGAAUACGUCCUACUGUUAGGCUGUGACAAACAAAUGCGCCGGUUUCCCAAGCUUGGAGACGUGUUGAAACGAGUUCGGAACUUGGUGAGUAUCGCCACUUGGACCACCUCCGCCGCCACCGUCACCGCCGCCGCUUACCUCGCUUCCACCACCUCCACCAAGGUCUCGAGCUCCGCCACCGUCAUGGACGAUGCGCAGACACUCAAAACCCGCCUCUGCAUCAUCGGAAGCGGCCCGGCGGCCCACACCGCCGCCAUCUAUGCCUCCCGCGCCGAGCUGAAGCCCGUGCUCUUCGAGGGAUGGAUGGCCAACGACAUCGCCCCCGGCGGCCAGCUCACCACCACCUCCGACGUCGAGAACUUCCCCGGCUUCCCUGACGGAAUCUUCGGCUCGGUCCUCAUGGAUCUCUGCAAAAGUCAAUCCUUGCGUUUUGGUACUGAGAUCUUCACCGAGACAGUAACAAAGGUCGAUUUCUCCACUAGGCCUUUCAAGGUCUUCACUGAUUCCAAGUCCGUCCUGGCCGACUCGGUGAUCGUUGCCACCGGCGCGGUCGCCAAGCGCUUGAACUUCCCUGGCUCCGGAGAGUUCUGGAACAGGGGUAUUUCGGCUUGUGCGGUCUGCGACGGCGCCGCCCCUAUUUUCAGGAACCAACCGCUGGCUGUAAUCGGUGGCGGAGACUCGGCAAUGGAAGAGGCUACAUUUCUGACGAAGUAUGGGUCAAAGGUCUAUAUAAUUCACAGGAGGGACGAAUUUAGGGCUUCGAAGAUAAUGAAGAAUCGGGCUAUGGAAAACCCUAAGAUUGAGGUUUUAUGGAAUUCGGUGGCGGUUGAGGCAUAUGGAAAAGGUGAUAAGGGUGUUUUGGGGGGGCUGAAGGUCAAGAACGUCGCUACGGGAGAGGUUUCCAAUUUGGAGGUGUCGGGUUUGUUCUUUGCAAUUGGGCAUGAACCAGCUACCAAGUUCUUGGGUGGGCAGCUAGAGCUCGAUUCUGAGGGUUAUGUGGUGACGAAGCCUGGCACGACGCAUACCAGUGUGCCUGGUGUUUUUGCGGCAGGAGAUGUGCAGGAUAAGAAGUACAGGCAGGCUGUUACUGCUGCUGGCUCUGGAUGUAUGGCAGCCUUGGAUGCAGAACAUUACUUGCAGGAAAUUGGAUUACAAGAGGGGAAAAGUGACUGAUUACCGAAGAAUGUGAUUUAGAGCGGUGCUUCACUCUAGUACUUACAAAAUUUAUACAGCCAAAAAAAUUGGCUGCUAGGUGCCAUGGAAGUGUUUUACCAAAUUGAACUGUCUUAUCAAGAAUGCAUGUGCCCCCAGAUGAACAGCAUUUUAUACUUGCUGCUUUAUAAUCUGUUUCUCAAUUGAAUGGCUGAAAAAUUUGAAGCA